AUGGCGGACCUGUCCCUGGCCGAAGAGCUGACGUGCUCCAUCUGCCUGGAGCUCUUCAAGGUGCCGGUCACCACCCCGUGCGGCCACAACUUCUGCGGGUCGUGCCUGGACGAGACGUGGACCGUCCAGGGCGCGCCGUUCCAUUGUCCGCAAUGCCGCACCUCGUACCCGCUUGGCUUUCGGGGUCGAGUUAGUGUGGCCUUGGACUCUGCUUCUGCUCUUUCAUUCAAGGACAAGCUGAGGUAUAAACUGACAGUCAUGUACGGUCAGAUCAACGGUGCCACGAGAGCGCUGGAGGAUGUGAGAGCCAGGCAGAAGGAUGUGCGGGAGGCUGCUCAAAAGAAGAUAGAACAGCUUAGACAAGAAUACUUGGAAAUGAAGGCGCUCAUUGACGCCUCCGAGGCCAGCUCCACGCGGAAGAUAAAGGAGGAGGAGAAGAGGGUCAGCAGCAAGUUCGACAAUAUUUACCAGAUCCUCCUCAAGAAGAAGGCAGAGAUGCAGACCGUAAAGGAGGAGAUUGAAGCUGCCCUGACCAAGGGGGGCGAGUUUGAGUUUCUGGAGAAAGCGGCACAACUGCAGGCGGUCUCAACGAAGCCAGUCUACGUCCCCAAGGUGGAGCUGAAUCACGAGCUGAUAAAGGGCGUCAGCCAGAGCACCGCGGACCUCAAAACCGAGCUGAAGCGGUGCCUCAGGAAGCCCGAGGAGCCCCUCACCUCAGGUAACCAUCCGCACCUCCCCACGGACCCCACUGAGACCCCUGACUCUGGAUGGGUCCCCUCAGCAGUUUGGGGUGCAAGAGAGGGCCGUGAUCCAGAGCACUGGGACUUAGUUUCAGGGGUCCUGCCAUGAAGACUCCCAGUACCU